CGUCCGCCUUUGAAAUGGUCCCAGAGACGCGUAGCGAUUGGCUCUACCUUGCACUUCAAAAGACGGACACGGCGUUUGAAAGCCUUUGGUUGUCAAAAGCAGACGGACCAAGAAAGUUUCUGCAAGUACAAAGUGCUGAGGGACAGGAGAUAGGGAGAAGCAGUCCAUCAAGAAGCACUGACCCCGGAUUUAAGAAGUGUACAAUUACACCGGAUUACCAUAUCUUCUUUCGGUCUCCGCGUGUCCUGGUGUAGAGCAAUCGUGCAGUUCGCCGGCAGGGCCACUGCGGACUUGAUGACUUGAGAACUCCUCUUGGUCGUCCUCUGUCCUGGUCGAGUUUUUUCGCUGCAGCUGCUCCGUGCUGCCCGCGCUGCAGGUGCGAAGAGACGAAACGAGCGCGCACACACAUGGCUACACUGGCUUUGCCCAGGACUGAUCAUUUUCUUCACGCCUUCUUACAGGACCGUACCCCCAGCUCGUCGCCAGACGGCGGCUCCCACCCCCUCUCCUUCCUGGCCUCCGCGUGCGGCCAGGCCCGGCAGUCGGGUGGCGGGGCGGGGCCCGAGGGGCCACAGCUGCCCUAUGAGGGGGCCGGGAUGUUUCCGCUGUGGAGCAGCGAGGUGGCACCCAGCUCGGGCCUGAGCGCCCACCAGAUGGCCCUGGGCGCGCCCAAGGUGCAGUUCCCGGGACACACCCAGCCCACGCCUGGCACCCACUCCCACCACCACCACCAUCACCACCACCACCACCACCACGAGCUGCCCCUCACCCCGCCCGCCGAGCCCCCUGCCUCCUACUCCUUCGAGCUCUCCCCUGUCAAGGUGCUGUCCUCCCAGGUGCAGGCCAACAGCUCUUACUACCACCAGCACAAUAGCGUGGGCCAGAACUUCUCCAACUUCCUGCAGAACUCGUCCGCCCGGCACCACCUGCCCACCGGGCCCAUGGAGGAGGGCCAGCAGUGGUGGAGCCUCCCGCAGGCCGGCGGCGGCGCCCCCGGGCACCCGCACCCCUUCGCCCUGGGUCGGCAGCUGGUCCUGGGGCACCAGCCCCAGAUCGCCGCCCUCCUCCAGGGAUCGUCCAAGGGGCUGCUGAGCUCCACGCGCCGCUGCCGGCGGUGCCGCUGCCCCAACUGCCAGGCGUCUGUCGGCGGUGGAGGCGGGAUCACGGCCGGCCAGCUCCCCGAGGAGCCGGGCAAGAAGAGGCUGCACAUCUGCCACAUCCCCGAAUGCGGCAAGGUGUACAAGAAGACGUCGCACCUGAAGGCGCACCUGCGCUGGCACGCCGGCGAGAGGCCCUUCGUCUGCAACUGGCUGUUCUGCGGCAAGAGCUUCACUCGCUCCGACGAGCUGCAGCGCCACCUGCGGACGCACACGGGCGAGAAGCGCUUCGGCUGCCAGCAGUGCGGCAAACGCUUCAUGCGCAGCGACCACCUGGCCAAACACGUGAAGACCCACCAAGGCAAGAGGGGCCGUGGCGGCCACCAGCAGGGGGCGCCCACAGACGCCCUGCUCAGGAACAUCAAGAAAGAGUAGAUGGGUCUUGUUUCCCCACUGACACGGACACCUCUCCUCGACCCCUCCAUUGCGUUCACACCCUGACUCACCAAAAUGAUGCUUCUACUUCUAGUCUUCACCGCAGUGACUGCCUUCAUCAGGCACCUGAGUUUGCUUUUGGAGCAAAUAAAACCCAGGGAAAGCUUGGUUGGCCGUGCCGAGCAUCAGAUUGCGUUACUUACGAUAGCCACCUUUGUCAUCACAUGCUCUACAUCCUAUGUACUCUUCAGUUCUCAAGCUUAAGGAUGUUGUCUAAAGCAGUUUUGCUGUGUUGCUUCACAAAAGAGUAGGACACCCAUAAAUCCUCCUUGUUUAGUUCAUUUAUAUCUUGUAUGCGUGGCACAUCCAUCCAGCAGAGCUUCUCUAGGCUUAAUUUUUAAAUCAGAUACAUAUGUGACAUGAAGGGAAAUUACAUUGCAUUUGUUUUUAGAGAACGACUCCGGGUUCUCUGUAAAUGAAGAAAUUUGUUUUUGCUGCCUCUGCGGGUCUGCCUCAUCACCCUGUCUUGAUUUAUAAAGUAUGACAAUCAACAGGAGGACCAAGCAAGGGAGGCUGAAGAGUCUCUGUGUGGAUGAAUCUACUGAGGAAAUCAUUUGGAAUCCACGGCUCUCCUAACUGUACCAGCACAAAAAGGGCAUGGAUAGAUGCUGUGAACA